CGCAGUUGUUUACGGUCUGGGAACGCCCACAUCCUGGUACUGCUUGUCUCACGUGUUCAAACAAGCGGAACAGAGACAGUCUCUUCAUAUCAAAUGAACAGUGAUCCUCCAACUGUAGCUUUGGAUUUGAGUCAAGACCAAUGGCAGGCUGUCUGACAGAGUUGAUCACAGCAUGUUCCAACGUCACACUGUCCGUCUCUGCCCUGUACACAGCAUAUCAGCUCUUCAAGGACCACAGAGCUCCAGCAGUGGGUUUCUUUCUGCUCGGUCUCUCCUCAGGCCUCUGCACCCUGCCUGUCUCCUUCAGCCCAUACCUGACCUCUGUACAGGGGGACCUGGAGUGGGCCGGCGAGGUCCUGGCUCCACCGCUAGUCUCCUUCGGCUUCCUGUGGCUCAGCGAAGACCGCACCACAGCCAACACCCUCCUUAUUGGCUCAGCUCUCCUCCCGGUGCUCUGCGAUUGGCUGUCAGCGGACGAGUUGAUGCUGAUGUCACGCUGUCUGGCGCUCUCUGCCGUCUCCUGCUCGCUCACCGUGUGUCUGUUUGCGGGAAACGCUGUCGGGGCCCUGGGCAGUGUGGCCCUCAGCCUGCCCCAAAUGGUGGCCCCUAUGGUGGGGGUCAAGACUCUGGCUCCCCUUGUCUCUCCAGGGGUCACUGUGGGACUGCUUAAGUGGCUCCUGAAGGGCUCCAUGGCUGUAGGGUGCUGGGCUUCUGAGAAGGCACUUAGCAAGUACCUGUUGGAACUGAAGGACCUGGACUCCCCAUUUUAACUUAUUACCACUGUAACUCAGGGUUUCCCAAACUCAGUCCUCAGGACCCCGGGGUUUCCUUUCUUUCCUAAGCACUACACCGCUUAUUCAAAUAAUCAACUAACCAUCAAGCUUUGUAGUGUUUGGGCAAAAACCAAAACGU